GGGUUAUAUCGCUCAAAAGCCCGAAAAACAGAUAUAGCAAUGAAAAAGUUCUCAAAAUCCUUUCCAUUACUCCAGCAAAGGCCUCCGCCAUUACCAUCUUCUAUAAUCCCAAACCCAACUCUCCCAACUGCACCAGAGACCUCCCCAGACCCUUUUCCAACUCUCACUCUCUCUCGCUCCUCUAACCACAAUCGUCUCCUCAUUUUUCUCAAGACCCAUCUCAAGCCUCCAUUCUCACCUCAAAGCCUGCUUCGAUUUCUCAAAUCAAAGCUCCACCACCACCCUAAUUUUACCCAUUAUGAUUUCCAUAUCUUCAAUUGGGCCUCUACCAUCGACUCCUAUCGCCAUGAUCACUCCACCUUUGAGUGGAUGUCACAUGCCCUCGCGCUCACAGAUCGCUUCGUCGAGCUCGACUCUCUUCUCCACUUCAUGGUGGCCAAUCCUUGUCCUUGCUCUGAUGGUAUCUUUAGUUGCUCUCGGACUGAACCCAUUUUCCAUUUCGCCAUUAAUGCUUAUUGUAGAGUUGGGAAAAUGCACGAUGCAGUUCGAGCCUUUGAUUCCAUGAAGAAACUGAUUGAUGGGAAGCCUAGUGUUGUCAUUUGCAACAUUUUAAUUAAUGGGUUUGUGAAAAAUGGUGAACAUGGCAGGGCUAUAGAGUUCUAUCAUAAGAUGGUUAAGGAUAGAGUGAAGCCUGAUGUGUUUACUUUCAAUAUUUUGCUGAGUAGUUAUUGUCGUAAUUCUCAGUUUGGGUUAGCUUUGGAGUUGUUUAAAGAGAUGAGGGAGAAAGGGUCCAGUCCAAAUGUGGUUAGUUUUAAUACUUUGAUUAAAGGUUUCUUUAGAGAGAGGAAGUUUGAGGAAGGUAUUCAAAUGGCUUAUGAAAUGAUUGAACUUGGGUGUGAGUUUUCUAAUGUUACUUGUGAAAUUUUGGUUGACGGGCUUUGUAGAGAAGAUCGAGUUAUGGAAGCUUGUGAGUUGUUAACAGACUUUUCAAGAAAAGGAGUGUUGCCCAAUGGAUAUGACUAUUUUGGUCUGGUUGAGGUUCUUUGUAGAAAAGGAUGUUCAGAAAGAGCUACAGAGGUUAUGAAUGAGCUAUGGAGUAGAGGAAAUUGUCCAAGUUUGAUUGCUUGUACCACUUUGAUAGAAGGUUUGAGGAAGGCAGCAAAAUCCGAUGAAGCCUUCAGAUUGAUGGAAAAGAUGCUAAACGAGGGUGUGGUUCCGGAUAGAUUGACUUUUAAUUGUCUUCUUCAAGAUCUUUGCAAUAUGGGAAGAACUGUUGAAGCUGACAAGUUAAGAAUGUUGGCAACCAGCAAAGGGUUGGAUCCAGAUUGUACAGCCUAUAAUGUUUUGGUAUAUGGGUACACAAGAGAAAGGAAAAGAGAGGAGGGUGAAAAGUUGGUUGAUGAGAUGUUGGAUAGGGGUUUUAUUCCUGACAUUGCUUCUUAUAAUCUAUUAAUGGAUAUGCUUGCUAAUGCAAGUCCUCCAUUGAAACACCAAGUUCAUGUUAGGUGAAAACACGGGAAUUUUCAGGCUUACCUCUUAUGUUUGUUGCUCAGUGAUGAUUGUGUUAGUAGUUUAGGAUAUUGAAGUGUAUAUAAUCAAGAGUUUGUUGCUCAGUGACAGAAGAGAAAAUAAAGUAAUUUGUACUCUUUUUAUUCUUGAAUACUUACAAUGAUUAUUCUCAUUGCAAUUUCUGAACUUUGUAGAGCUUAAAGACGAUCCAUCAGGAUUAUCAUGAAGCUUUGUUGUAAUUUUAUCAGAGCUUCUACAUUGUGGAUGGGGAUCAAUUCAUUGUGUUCUUCACACACAUUGACAAUUGAAUAUUGAUUUUUUUUUUGUUCAA